UAAUGGCGACUACUCAAUCAUCCAAGCCAGCAGCAAUGCAACUCGGUGAACUCCUCAAACAACAACAAGAACCUUUCGUAUUAGAGAUUUACCUUUCGGAAAAAGGGUGUUUGAGGAAGAAGUUAUCAUCGGGAUCACCCAAGUUUUGCUGCCAUGGCAGUUCAGGCAAGUUUUUGAAGAUGAACAACAAGGGUAUUCCGAUUUUCCCUAAAGUAUUUAAACUUGUGACAUGUAACAAGCUCUUUGCAAUCAAAGGGUUGAAGAACAAGAAUUCUGAUGAUGAAAAUGGAAAGGUUAGUGCCACUGCAGAGCCGGAUAGAUUUUCCACCGCUAGCAGCACAACUGUGUAUAAUUCAUGCACAGAUAGUGACAUAGAUGAACCAUCGAUGAUGAAGAAGGCUGCUGCAGAUUCCAAGUUUCAAUGGAGUUCAAGGCAAAAAAGCCUGUUCUUGAGUGAGCUGAUAAUGGAGGAAUCGAUUCUGUCAGCUUCUCUUUGGAAUUUACUUCUUCAAGCCACACCAGACAAACCAAGUUGUGUAAGAGAAUUACAGGAGGCUGGUGGGUCUAAUUCUUUGCCAUUUUCGAUAUCGAAAAGGGUUUUGCAGAAAGCAAAGAGGCUCAAGGAAGACGAAAGGAAAGAGUGUUUAGGGCGUUCAACCCAGGAAUGGAACGAUUAUGAACACCAGAAAAAGGAAGUAGGGCUUGUACUUGGAAACUCCAUUGAAGAUGAGAUUGUAGCUGAAGUUGUAAUGGACAUGAUGUUCAGGUUCCACGGCUAA